AUGGCGGACGGCGGCCAGCUCACUUUCUUGCCGCGCAUGGAUGAUGUUUCGGAAGAGCAAGAUGCAGGAGCUGGCGGAUUGACGAGCUUUUUCGGCAAAUGGUGGUCCAAGCCCGAAGUCUCGGCAUCACCCGUUUCGGCGCCACCCCCUAUUGCGCACCUAUCGGCUGAAGCACAGCCGCCUACUUCAAGUAAUGACGCUGCGCAAUCUGACAACUUGUCGAGCAGCGAUACGUCUUCGUUGAAUCUAGUUAUUGACGAGACACAAAUUCCGAGAAGUAAAGCCAAGAAACUAGCAGCGUUAUUUCGAAAAGAAAGGUCCGGGUUGAUCGACUAUGAGAAGAGCAUGUUCAAGCAGUAUUGGAUGCCCGACUCAGCUGGCCGUGAAUGUUACCUCUGCGAGGAAAAGUUUACCACAUUCCGUCGCCGUCAUCACUGUAGAUUGUGCGGACAGAUUUUCUGUGCCAAAUGUUGCAGCGUGAACAUUGCCGGAGCUUCCUUAGGCUAUCUCGGCGAUCUUCGUCUAUGUACAUAUUGUGCUGCCAAGGUUGACGAACAUUUGGCCGAGGAUGACCAAAAAAGCCCGGACCUUCUGGUCGCUCCACAGCCGAUUCUGUUAGCCUCUCCAGUCAAAGGCGACCUCGAGACACCAGGGCCCACAAAUUCUUACGAAGUGGCAACUGUAUCAAAUGCUACCUUGCUGUGGUCGGGGAAAAAGGAACUCUCUCCCGAGAAGAAGGAUUCCCUUUCGCUUCCACCACCAUCUUAUAAGCCGCCAGCCAUGUUGAGCGUCGAGGGCCUUUUUUCUGUGCAGGACAACCCAAAGCUGAUGAAUUCUGAAAACUCCAGUCGUGUGAAUUUAUCCGACGAAGACGAGGGAGCGACCGUUCCGGAAUGGGUCAAAAAUAUGGAGUUGGCAGAGAGCGGGCAUGCUUUGAAAUCUAUCGAAAACUCCUUGUCCCAGAAGCCGAACGAAGCCGUUCAUUUCGAUCUAGGAUCUUUAGCGGUUGAGAGCUUAGACGAUCAGCAGAUUCCGAAGGAGCCGGUGAUGAAAAAGGAUUCCUUGAACAAGAAAAGCUCGCUGUCUCCCGAAGUGCCAGAAUUUAUCAACGAGAACGAUGUGGACAAAUUGUUCGAUCAUCAAGCCGAAAUGCUUGUUGAUUACUUGUUCCAGCGUGAGGGCCUAUGCAAAGAAAGGUGGCGUGACAUAGUACUAAACCAAGCACGUCUGAUCCCAAGUAAAGUCAUCGUGGACGUUUUUAAUAGAAGAGACAUGAUGAAUAUUCUGCAAUAUGUGCACAUCAAGACACUACCAACUGAUGAGCCGCCGAAGGCUGAAACAAUUUGGGGCGUGGCUUGUAGCAAUUCUGUUACACAUUCAUCGAUGUGUGGCGAAUUAACAAAUGCAUCAGUGAUGCUCAUCAGUGCUGCCGAACUUCUGAAGGCGGCCGGAUUGAGACUUGUGGUGGGUGUGAAGAAAGAAGUUCUGGCCCGAAUUGCAAGGGCGACCGGUGCAGAGAUUGUCCCUGGAGGGGAGGCGCAACUACAGCAAAAUCAGAAUGUCGGCUUCUGUCCUCUAUUUGUGCAGCGCGAAAUUCGUCGUGGCGACGGAAGCACUCAAUUUGUCUUGGUGUUUGAUCAGUGUCCACCGGAUAGGGGAUGUUCGCUUCUGCUACAAGGCGGCACAAAGGACGAAUUACGAUCCGUGAAAAAGAUACUCAAGUUCUUGAUUUUGAACUUCUACUCUUCGAAGUUGGAAAGAGCUUUUCUAGCUAUGAAUGACUGCAAGUUAGCAUAUACCUUGUCGAAUUGCCCCGCUUGCGAGAAUCGACGCGAAAAUAUUGAAGCAACCGAUCCAGAGAACGAUUUCCUAACGGCGUUGCACCAGAGUGUCUUAUCGUCUUCCCCGUACAUCGAAUUCGAGCCACCGUUUUUGGAGACACCAAGGGGCAAAGAAAGCGCUCUUCUGCCUUACUUCAAGCAGCCCUUGUACCACUUUGGAGCAAACUGCUCACGUGCAGUAUCGGAAGUACGUCGCAAGGAACCGGAACAUUUAAAGUCUCCGUACAAGCCUGUAUUUGCUACAACGAGCCCGGCAUCGCCAAAUUAUGCCUCGAAAGUCGCUGCUUUCCGCGCCCUGUCAUCGGUACUUUUCCAAAAGAAACUGGACAGGCAAUCGAAAGGCUCACUGACCAGCACGCCCGCUGACUCUUUGCAUACUCUUGGGCUUCAAGCAAAAGAGGACGUAUUCGACCCGUUCGUACACCAAAGAAUUGCGAUACUUUUUGGAUCCUACUCGCCGAAAAGCCCGAAUGCCCCACUACUCUGUGUGCGGCCAUGGGUCGUCAGUAUGCAGUUCUACGCGACGAACGAUAUGACCCUAGGGGAAUUCCUUACAAAGUUUUGCUUUAACAAGGACUAUCAAUGCCCGUCAACGAAUUGUGAGCUUUCGAUGAUGGAACAUUCACGAAAAAUGGUUUAUGGACGAAUAUGUGUAGAGGUGACCACGACAAAUCUCCAGCAUGGUCUCUUAUCUGAUGGUUCGGCUGAAGAGAAAAGAAUAGCUUCUUACCAUUACUGCGAAGAAUGUCGAGCCUCAUCACCAAUUGUCUACAUGGAUGUGGCCACGUGGCAUCUGUCUUUCGCUCGAUUUUUGGAUUAUCUGGCGAAUGCAUCCUUCAGCCAAGGAACAAUCAAGACUCCGAGUGGCAACGUUUGCAACCAUUGCUACUUCCAUCAACAAUCGCAUUUUUUUAGCUUUAAUAACUAUGUAACGAACUUCAAAGUGUCUACGAUCAUGCCAUAUCAUGUACAGUUCUCCCCGAUUGUCUGCAAUAUAAAUAACGCUCAGAUUUCCACAAAAUCACUCGCGGAGAUGUUAACGAGGACGAUUGCACUCUCUCAGUCGAUCUGUGCCCAAGGAAACGAGCGCCUCGAUAAUUUCUGUCAAACUGAGAAGAGUAUGCAGAUUGCGGGUCAAUUCUACAACACAUUGAAAGAAUUACUAGACGGGUCGCAGAAAACUAUCGGCGAAUUGUUCGACAGUGUGAAACACCUCUGCGAACAAGAGGACCGACUGGUCAGCUCAAUGUCGGACGAAGCGAUCCAGACGAAUGACAUACUGAUCCAUAUGAGAGCAGAGAUCUACGGCCGGAUACAACUGUGGAACGAGCAAUGUUCAGUCCUGAGCGCUAGCGUUCGAGCUAUGAAGAGGGGCGAAGAAUUAGUGCCUGGAGCUGAGGAUGGAGCUGGCGCCUACAAGCCAGACAUUGGAUCGAUCAUCGCAUACGCCCUAGCAUCAAAUGAAUACGAAGAUGGUCGAGCCAAAUCUCGUGACGCUAUGGGCGACGCGGACAUUCCACUGAACUUGAGCGCGCGAUCUAAUGCUGACGAUGAGGAUAUAUCCUUGGGCGAGCACGUUGAGGUCGAAUUCCAAGACUCACAGGCCAGCUACUACGUGAAGGGUUACUAUGCUGAAAGAUUCCGGCUACUACGCAAGCUUUUAUUCCCCAAAGGCGAAGAAGGCUUCAUCCGGUCGCUUUCCACUUCGAAUUAUUGGACCCCGCAAGGAGGCAAAAGCGGAGCGUUCUUCUACCGCACUAAUGACCAGCGUUUUGUCAUCAAGCAAAUGUCCAAAUUCGAAGUACAGUCGUUUGUCAAAUUCGCACCUCGCUAUUUUGAAUACAUCAAGACGGCUGCACUCGAGAAAAAGCUUACAACGCUCUGCAAGGUGUAUGGCGUGUUCCGUAUCGGAUACAGGCAUAAGACGAGCGGCGUACAGAUCAAGGCUGAUAUUCUGGUAAUGGAAUAUCUGUUUUACAAGAAGAAUGUGAGCAAAGUAUGGGACCUGAAAGGGUCGUUGAGAAACAGAUUUGCGAAUACGAAAAGCUCGUCUGACCUAGUGUUGAUGGAUGAAAAUUUCAUCAAGGAUUUAUGGAACAGUCAGCUAUAUGUUUAUCCCCACAGCAAGGCCGCUCUGAAUCAAGCCAUCUCGAACGAUUCGCACUUUUUAUCUGCACAGCACGUCAUGGACUAUUCGUUAUUGGUUGGCGUUGAUGAUGCAACUGGGGAAUUGAUCCUUGGAAUUGUCGACUACAUGAGAACAUACACGCUUGACAAGAAGGUGGAAAGCUGGGUGAAGAUUGUUGCCGUACCCGGGGCGCAUCUACCAACCGUCAUCAGCCCACAACUUUACUGCACUCGAUUUUCGGAAGCCAUAGAUACCUAUUUUCCGGUUGUACCUGACCAAUGGACUGGUCUUGGAUCUACGAUGAGUUAU